CGACAACGAAAGACACUGGCCUUCUCUAUAGGCUUCGACCUCGACCCGGGCCUCACUAUCUGUCAUCACCAUGGUCCUCUCAUUCAUCCUCGUGCAAAACCGGCAAGGCAAAACUCGACUCGCCAAAUGGUACGCCCCGUACACCGAUGAAGAGAAGGUCAAAUUGAAGGGCGAGGUCCACCGGCUCAUCGCGCCUCGCGACCAGAAAUACCAAUCCAACUUCGUCGAGUUCCGGUCCGCACCUAGCACCUCGUCCUCGUCGGCGCAUCACAAUCAUUCGCUGGUCCGGCAGAAUCUGUCGUCAACGAAGAUCGUCUACAGGCGCUACGCGGGUCUGUUCUUCUGCGUAUGUGUCGACGCCAAUGACAAUGAGCUCGCGUACCUCGAGGCGAUCCACUUCUUUGUCGAAGUGCUCGACCAGUUCUUCGGAAACGUCUGCGAACUGGAUCUCGUGUUCAACUUCUACAAGGUCUAUGCCAUUCUGGAUGAGGUCUUUCUGGCCGGAGAGAUCGAGGAGACGAGUAAGCAGGUCGUGUUGACGAGAUUGGAGCACUUGGACAAGUUGGAGUGAGAAGGGAUCAUGGAGUAAGAGUCCCUCGAGAUGAGGGCGAAGAGAUUAUACAACGUAACACCACGGGCGGGGAGACAAACGCCCUCAGCCAGGUAUACCGCGUCUUGAAACGGGAUGUACCUCUUCGCGGGCUCUGUCGGACUCCGCGAGGGCGAACUCGAAGCUUGCAGUACAGUGCAGUCGUAUUUGGGCAAAUCAGCCACGAGAGAGGACAACGAGCAUCAUAUCAGCACAGCGGGACGGCUAUGUAUCAAUUUGGACACACGAAGAUCUCGAACGACUCUGCCGAAGCAGUGCUCACCCGAGCACGUUACGCCCACCAGCCCAAGCACGGACGAGCCGAACAUCAUAACAGCUGUAUAAAGUCUGCGACUUGGAGGGAGCAUUAAAUGCUCGAUCAACGGCCAAAAUCCAGCGGCGCUCACAAUUGUCGCGGUGGAUUGGUCUGUCCAGGCUGAAGCUCGGUGUCGCUAUCUCGUGUUGACGUUUCCCCGUGACUGUCUGACAUCGACAGUCGAAGACAGGAGGGGAGGCCGCCAGGCAAUCAAUUCCUCCCGGUCAACAUGAAUUCUACAAAUGGAUGAGCGGACAGUGUGUCGGAAAGUCUGGAAUGCUAGAAGCCUCCCGCUUCCGGACCUUCAUAGGGUAGUCGUAACAAAAUGUUCACAUUCUCAUGGAGUACCCAACCAUCAUCAUCUUUUCAGCGCCUGGAACCUCUUGGCCAAGUCAUCCACUGUAGGAACCUUUCCUGGCAAAAGACCUGCGGAGGUUCCUCCUCCUCCCGCUGGAGCCGCCUUUCCCUUCGUCGUUGACCCCGUCGCCGGCGGCGGUCUAGACUUGAUAUCCUUUCCGAUCUCCCCUCCGCCGGGCAACUUGACCUUUGGACUUGGAUUGUCCGACCGCGGUGCUGGGGGCGCCACAGAGACUGGACUCUUCGCACCUCCGGGCGCUAGACUGGACGGCGGCGUCGCCCUCUGCAAGGACCCGAUGUCGAUCUUGUUCGGCGGUUUCUGUGGUGUCGCGGGUGCAGCACCCUCCGCGAGGAUGGGCAGCUCCUUUGAUCCUCCUCCUACACCAUCAUCGUCG